AUGUCCAAGUCACUGAAAACAGCUUUUCAACCUUUACAGGAGUCAAUUCGCAAUGAGCUCGAUCCCGAAUAUGUGAAAUUGCACGACGAUAUUUUACAGUACUGCAAGCCUAGCGAGCUAGAGCCAUGGAAUGCAGAGUCCAGGUUCCGACCUAGUCCCAUGGGGUAUGCAAGCCCAAAACCGGUGAAAAUCGGCAAUGUCGCGGAUGUCAGUGUUGGUGAAUAUCAGGUCCGAGUGUUCACACCUGAGACUGAGGCACCCCCUGGCGGCUGGCCAUGUUUCGUAUAUUAUCACGGCGGAGGCUGGGUACUCGAUCUCAACUGUGUCGUCGUUUCAAUCAACUACCGCCACGCGCCCGAAAACUGUUAUCCGGUGGCUGCUGAAGAUUCCCUUGCGGGAUUUAAAUGGGUGUUGACACCGGAAACUGCGAAGAAACUGUCGAUCAAUACAUCGAGGAUAGCUAUUGGAGGGCUUUCAGCGUGCGCACGGAGUCAUUCCACAUAUAUGACAACGGAAGAGAGAGAUCUAACAGCACCAUUAUCUAGGGGCGGUGGCCUAGCAGCAAUUGUGUCGAUGAAGGCGGCCCUGGAUCCAGGCAUUGUGGAUAAGAUAGUGUAUCAAAUACUGAUAUGUCCUGUUAUUGAUAACACAGCUACUGUUGACACAGCAUGGGGGCCAUCUCAGCGUUCCCCAUGGCUGACACCCUCGCGUAUGACAUGGUAUCGAAAUAUGUACUUUCGCUCUGAGAAUGAAACACGAAAUUGGGACGCCUCACCAUGUUUUGCACCGGUGGAAGUUCUGCGAAAAAGUCCAAGCACAUUUCUCGCAAUUGCAGAGUGUGAUCUGCUUGCUCCAGAGGGUCAUCAAUAUGGCCAUUCUCUACAGAAGUCCGGAGUCGGAGUUGAUAUUCAAUUGUAUAGUGGAGCCACCCAUUCUAUACUAAUCCUGGCUGGCUUGCACAAAGUCGGUCAAAAAUUGAUACAUGAUGUGUGUUCCCGUCUGGCAAAAAGGUUCGACGUCGCAUAUGACCCAGACAAUGCCAGAAUAUUAUCACUUCAGUCCGAGGAUGUUAACCACAACUUGUCCGCAUAA